AGGGUGUAAAUCAGAGAGGCAACUGAGAAGGUGGAGUCUGUGUCUGAGCUGAAGAGAUUAGGGACUUGAUAAACUCUUGCGGGGCUGACAGGCUGAGACAGGCAAAGCAGUGGUUGUGGAGUUCUGGUACCACGUCCUGGCCCCAGGGAAGGAAAACUCUGCCUUGUGCCAUGCUGCUACUUUUCCUAAGCCUCCAGUUCCUCAUCACUCCCAUUUCAAAGGCCACGGAGGAAAAUGAUUAUUCUACUUACUUCCUUCCCACAGUGGAGUUUGCUGUGGAAACAUUCAACCAGAAAAGUCAUGAUGAAUACGCCUUCAGGCUGGAACGUAUCCUGAGUUCCCGGGAGGAGAAGGUGGUUUUUCCAGCUGUUUACUCCAUGACGCUUCAGCUGCGUAGAACCAUAUGCAAGAAGUUUGAGGAUGGCCUUGACACUUGCCCCUUUCAGGAUGGCAACAGUGCAAAUAAUACCUACACCUGCCUGUUCAGUAUUGGUACCUUUACCUGGGCAACAGUAUUCAAGCUCUACAAGCAUGAGUGCUCAUAAUUCCUCUGACUGGAGUCAUCCAUGGACUGGCCCUGCACUUCUCUCUGCAUCCAUGAAGUGGUUACCCUUGGCAGGGUCUCUAUGCGCUCGUGUUCCUUGUUUUGCAACAUUGUGUAGUGUCAAGCCUGGGUAUGUGGAUAAUAACCAGGAAAAAUUCAUAUUGCUCUUGUUUCAUCAUUUAGAAUAGUUCAUUAAAUAUUGCAUUUCUGAA